UCACAGGAGAAGACAUCGGUGCAUCAGACAAAUCAUGUCUAAAUAUCUGGUGAUUUUGCUGCUAACAUCUGGUAGUGUCACCUUGUGUUCACAGAUUUAUUAUGAGUAUCACCUGGUAAACGAGGCUAAGACCUGGGAUGAGGCCCAGAGUUACUGCAGGGACAACCACACCGACCUCGCCACCAUUUAUAACUAUGACGACAUGGAGUUGCUGGUGAACAUGACUCCCAGUAAUUUAGGAACUAUCUGGAUCGGUCUGAGAGAGACGGGGCCGGAGUCCUGGUACUGGUCUGUGGGGGAAACAGGGAUGAGCUACGAAUCGCCUACCUACUCUAACUGGGCCAGUCUCAAUGAUCCUGAGCACGACUGUGGAGGCGUGAGGGCUGAUGGGAAAUGGCUCAGCGUACUUUGUGGAACAGCUCUUCCUUUCGUCUGUCAGGGAGUUGAGGGGUCCGGCGAGGUGACCUUGGUCUUUCAAAAUAUGACGUGGCCGAUGGCCCAACAGUACUGCCGCAAGCACUACAUGGACUUGGCCAGUGCGAGAAACCCGAGUGAAAACCAAUUAUUACAGCAAGUGUUCAGUGAAGAUGGGUCGCCAGCCUUGGUCUGGAUCGGUUUGUUCAAAGAUAAAUGGAAGUGGACGGACCAGAGCGACAGUUCCUUUAGAUACUGGGCCAGAGGUCAACCAAACAAUGAUGGAGACUGUACAUUGUUCCACAUCAACGGGUGGUUAGACAGAGGCUGUCAGACCAAGUUUCCCUUCUUCUGCUAUACUGGUUUCAAGUUGAAGAUCUAG